GUAAUUCAACUUUGGAAUCAACUCAACCAUUCACAUACAUCGAUUACAAGGAUGGAAUGAGUGGGCCGUCUUCACAGUUCGUGUACCUUCAUGAAAAUAUUUUGUCAUGCAGUUAUUGAAUGCUUGGAUACGCAAAAUUCUAAUCCGGUUAUAACAUUUUAAAUGACGAAAACUUAACCAGGACCUUGUUAAAGUAACGGACUGAAGUGUUGCAAGUUGUCGUCUGCUUGUUCCCCUAUUGAUUAUGUAAUAUAUUCUGCCAUUAUAAAAAGGAAGUGGCUUCGACUGAAUGAUUUUCGUCAUACAUAAUAAAUGUCAUGGUUUAAAUACCAGUUGAAAGUGACUUCAAAAUGCUGACUGUAGUUAUCAUUUGGUUUUAUUUCCGAGACAAUGCCAACUGCUUUCUGAACUGGCUUCAACAUAAACAGAGGUCAUAAAUCAUCUUAGAAUAUUCCAGAAUCAUGGAAUAUACAUGUUUGGAAAUCCCACCCUUGUUUUCUGCGAAUGGUUUGAUGGUAGAAAUUUUUUGGCUCUCCUGGCUUUUGUUCGUGCUAGGGUUGAUGAUGCUGAUUUUACUUUGCUAUUGCAUGUGCUGGAAACGAAAUCGUCCAAAAGCAAUACUUGUUCAUCCAGAUCCAAUAGUGAUGACAUCAAGAUUUGUACAGACCAGGAAAAUGUCCCAGGAGGACCUUCACAGUUGUCUGGACUGGCUGUUGCAGGAACAGGGAGAACUACAGUCAGCAUCUUUUGGACAGUCGAAAGAUGGGGUAUUAUCAGCAGCUCGACUUCAGAAACUCAAACAACAAAACAUCAACAACUAUAAUGAAACUAUUUCUAAAGUUGUAGCCAAGCAUAAGCUGUCUCCAAAUGAAUCCAAAGAGUUAUCAGAAGCAUAUGAUUCUUUAAAGGCAGUAUCAACUAAGAGAACAGCUUGUAUGGAGGUGAUGGCUGGAGUAGCUUCCCUUGAAGAUCCAAUUGAGACUCUAGCAAGUGAAUUUGACACAAGAGCGGUACAUCUUGUAAACUUAGGAUAUAACAACAGAGAUACAGCCAAUCCUUUACAGAGUAAUGAGAGUAUGGCAAGGACUGCACAGAACUGUGUAGCUGGAGUACGAAAUAACUGGAGAUGGAUAGAUACAGUUCUACAGUGCUCGCAGGUCCAUCUUCAUAAUGCUGCCGCAUAUCAUCAGUUCUUCCAUGAAGUAGAAGAAGUUGAAUACUGGAUGAACACAACACUUUCGCGUAUUCAUUUAACUUUCGAUAAAUCAAGACUAAAGGGCGAUUCGUCUGAUGUUGCCUUUAUCCAGGAAGAAAUGAAGGAUCAUUUACUAGCAUACCUACAGUGGCAGAGCAAAGUUGAUAGACUUUUCGAUCGUGCAAAGGACAUUGUUCCAGUACAAGACAGAGUAGAGAAAUUACAACAUUCUAAACCAGUGAUUGCCUUAACAGACUACAAGACAUCUGAGAUUGAAUUCAUCGAAGGGGAGACGCUUACCUUAGUAGACAAUAGCAAGCGAGAUAAAUGGAAGGUACAAAAUGAAAGGGAGCAGACUGCCAUGGUCCCAGCAGUAAUUUUGCUGAUUCCAUCUCCAUCGGGGAGAGCAAUUGAUGCUGCAGUCAGAUUACGAAUACAGCUACUUGCACUGUGGACUGGAAGUAUAAAACGUCUUGGCUAUCAAAUGAUUGCCUUCAUGACGUUGAUGUUCAGGGACUGGUCAGAGGAAGAGAUAAGAUCGUUGCAGUCAAUGGGACAGAAAGACAAACGAGAUUUAUUGGGGAUAUUGGACAACAUUGAAGAUACCCUGAUCAGAAACUGGAAUGGUUAUGGGGACUUCAAGCUUCUCCAGGAACGAAUGUCUCAACUCAGAAUGAUUCUCGAAGAAUCUGAUGAUGCUAAAGGGAAAGGCAAGAGUUCAGAAGUUUCCUCAACUGUUGUUGUUCAAGUAAAAUCAUUGGAUGAUCUCCUAAACAGAUACAAAGAUUUCUGGGCGUACUGGGAGACAUACAAAGUGGUUGUAGAACUUCUUCAACAACCCAAAUAUUUACUAGUGUGUGACAAAUGGGAUCAAUUGAAAUAUAUCACUACUGCACAUUUCGUAAAAUUCUGGAAUACUCCAUUAGAUCUUGAACUUCCCGGUUACACAUCAACAGAUUAUCAACUUGACCAAUAUUCUAUUUCGGACCAAAGUAUUACGUUGUCAGAAACGCCAAGUGAACCAUUCCCAGACCGUGAAUUGGAACGUGGAGAUUUAAAUGAAGUAGGAGACGAAUAUGAUGGCUUUGAAGAAAUUGUCCAAGAAAAAGUAACCAAAACACAACAAUCAGUACAGCAAACUGUCCCCGAAGAUGAAACAUAUGAGAUGUCUGAAGAAAUGACCGAAACCAGAGAGGAAACAACAACUGAUCAGAUCUAUUCAAGUGUGGAAGAGGAAACAAGUAUCUUGAUUAUCAAGUCGAUUGUUGAUACGAGGACAAAUACUUUGAUCUCAGUUCAAGAAGCAGUUAUACAGGGAAUUUUAGAUCAAGUUGCAGGCACGUAUGUUAAUCCUGUUACAAAAGAAGUCAUGAAAUUGAUUGAUGCACAGAACGAAGGAUUUGUUAUAAUGCAAACACAAUCAAGAAAACGAUUACGAAAACAGGACCAGUCAUAUGGUCUUAUAACAAUUAAGACGACAAAGGAAAACCGACCAUACACAGUGAAGGCAGUGCUGGAUCCGGGCACUGAAGAGGAGAUAACUGUUGCAGAGGCAGUAAAGAGAGGCUUCAUUGAUACCAAAUCGGGAACUUACAAAAUGGACAAUGGUGAUACUAUAUCAAUACAUGAUGCGAUAGAAAGUGGUCUUGUAAAGGCUGAGUUCACUGAUGGACCAGAUGCUACACAUGAGGCUGAAACCGUCACAAAAACGUAUGCCGUACACGGGGUUAUAGACCAAAAACGUAAAAUUAAAGUGUCCUUUACUGAUGCGUUAACACGACGCUUGUUAGAUAGAGAAGAUGGAUACUAUUUUAACAAUUUAACACGUGAAAAAGUUCCAAUAAGUGAAGCCAUUAUGAAAGGUUUUAUCAAAGCUAGAUUAGUGAAGGAUCCAUCAAAAUUAGAUAUUAAUCCAAAUAAUAACAUUGUUAUUGAGAAAUUUUCAAAUGCAAAAUCAAAAAUAAUGAAAGCAAUGAAAAUCUCCAAAGCUUUCAAGGCAGCAGCAAAUGGAAAUACGUGAACAAAAAAUAUAUCUAUCUUAUCCAAUUAUCGAUGCUUUUAUUAUAGCCUGCUACUGUUGUGUGUUGUAUAUGCACUACCAUUUAUUUAUGCUUAUUCAAAGCGUUCACUUUUGCAGGACCUUUGUAAAGAUGUGUUAUUCAUUUACCGUUUAUUACUAUCUGCGUUGCCAAUUCAUAUUUCAGUUUAUUUGAUUAAGUUUUUAUUGAACUGUUUAAAAAACAAAAUGGAAUGCAGCUAAUUUAAAUACCUGUAACAUUAAUGAUACCAUGUGGGGUUUUAAAAUGCAAGAUUAACUAUAUUAAAUUUUGCUGGCAGAAAGUUCAAUUUCUCUUUAAAUUCUUUUGACAUCCGAUUUCGUCACUGAAUAUUAUAUUUAAUUUCGAAACAGUCUAUGAAUGCAGAUGCAAUUUCUGACAAGAUACACGUCAAGUCAUACAGUUAGAAAAUGUUAGAUUAACUAAAGAAACAAUAUAUAUGUAAAUAUAGUGUUGUGACCAAGAUUGCAUAUUUUUGAUAAUAUCUAGACCUAACUUUCAUUAAUGUAGUUAAUGAUAUGGUCAUGUUUUAUUUACUUAUUGUUGGCAUUCUUCCCUAAAACUCUUUUAUGCAAGUUCAUGUAUAUUUGAGGUUGAUAAUGUUUAACCUCUGUGAAUGUAUUUGAAUUGCAAUUUCUAUUUGUUAAAUAUUCUAAAGCUUAUAAUUCAUUGCUAGAUAAAGAAUUUUUUACAAAUUGUAGUAAAUUGCAUUUGAAAAUUAAAAAAAAAUAAUAAACAUAUUAUAAUUAUA